GUUCAAGUUGAUCCGUAAAUCAUCUGAUUCCUCUGACGCCAGGAAUAGAUUCGUUCAAAAUCCUGACCCGUAUUGAAUACUUUGCCUUGCCAUGACUAGCUCUAGAGCAGAGCGAGAGGGAUUAGCAGAGGCUAUUUACAAACAUGUGACCUUUCGGCCCUAUUUUGGGGUCGCAAUACGCUCACCGGGUCUGAGAACAUUCAACCUGCAUUUUCAGAUUCCGACCUUCGUCUUGCGGUAUCGCAAGGGAAAUUCUAACGGCGACAGUGGAACAGACGAGAUUCGCCAGUCGAUAGAUCUUUCUUUUCUCUUUCCAUCCACGCGUCGAACUCAUGAUGCGAGCACCCCGCAGUCUCUAGAUGAGCGUCACAUCUCACUGCUAGUGACAGGAUUUGACGAAGCAAGGUGGACGGCCUACUGUUUUGCCGAUUCACACUUGGAUGGCGAAGAAAGCCUCCGGGCUCUCGCCGACUACACGGACAGAGAGUUACUAACAGACCCUGUCUCCUGUGGAAAGUUACCUCUUGGUGCACUGUGGGAUCCAAGAGAAUACUUUCUUGCUAUCUUGCGUAUUCGUCUUAGGCAAUUCGAUAACGAGUGGGCCCGGACGGUACAGUUUCUCGAUCAGGCCAUUGCGAAUCAGCUUUCGCAAGAGAGUGACAGAAGAAUGCGAGGGUCUCCAUUCCAGGACAACAAGCUUGAGUCACAGAUUCGACUGGCCCAUACUGAAGCCUUGAUCACUCAGCUACUUCAUACUAUCUCAGGAACUAUUGAGUCAUGGGAAAGAUUCCAGGAAGAUCAAUUAGACUCUUAUUUCGACGGGUUGCAGACCCGGCCAUCAUUCCCUUUUGAUGCCUGUCGCCAAGACAUGUUAAAGGCAAUCGGAAAUGUCAGGAACUACGAAGAUUCCUUGCACUCGAUGAAAAGCUUGUGUCAAGUCAAGUACUCUCCCACCCCUCAAUAUUCAGUACUACAGACCACCAAGCAUCAAACAGAGCGAAGGAUUCGAAUUCUCACGAGCACAUUCAUGUUAUUCAUGCCACUUUCCCUAAGCGCGUCUAUCAUGAGUACCAAUAUCAUGCCUCUCAGUCGCUCAUGGCCAGUGUUUUUGCUCACGGCGGUGGUCUUUGCCGUGCUAAUGAUGGUUCACGUAUUCAUUGCUACAAUUGGGGUCCGAGUUACUGCACAAAGUAUGAGUACUACUGUCUCGAUCCUCUUCAUGAAUAUGGAGAGACUAUUCUAUGCGAUAAUUAUCUUCUUCAAACGCUUUGCCGGCAAGUUUCGACAGUUCAAGGCAGGGCAGCCUAAGAUAGAUCAGGAUCUUGAAAUCGAAGCCGGCUCUCCGCAUCCAUCGAGGCUCCUUGAGAGACUGGCAUCCCGGAAGAGCGAAUCAUUGGGAGCAGGAAUCAUGCACUUGAUUCGAUCCAAGUUUCAUCGGCAGGAACGCGACGCAGCUAUGGAUCUCAAUCUCCCUCACAGAGGCGAAGCAAGGUCUCAUGGCCCCCAUGACAUCGAACUCAACAACAUUAAAUGUCCUCCAGUACCAUAGAGAAGACUGGACCCGUUCUCUAUUUCAGCUGGUCGCGGCAAACCCACAGAAAAUUCAAGCGAUAUUCUCAAUCUUGUACCUAUAUUACAUCAGCUGCGAACCCUUGCCUAACUUUAGUGACUUGGAUGAGACCGCUGAUUUGGAACAUCGCGUAGUGGUGGAGUCAGGCUGAAUGGGAAAUAUAAAAGCAUAGGUUUGUACAUCACAAUUCUGUUACGACGCCUCAAGAUGGCAAUUUUCAACAUUGUUUGGCUUUCUGCAAUACUUUCUAAUGUUUUAAACCUCUUCUUCUGCUCCCUUCAAGUUCCCUUGCCGCACUGUAAGAUGUCGAUGACUCUUUUAUAUCGGACACCUGAAGUAGAAUUGGGAUAGGUUGACAUUCAGAGAUUGGUUCUUGGUGACUGGAUCACGCUUCUAAGCAAUCGCAGUCUUUUUCCCGGUUGACAAGUCAUCCUUAUGCUAGAUAUGUUAUGAUACUUCUAAGAUCAGACAGGAGUCAG